CGGCUGCUUUUAAGGGGAGAAUUGCAGAGGCUCUGCUCCCCUGUCCUGUCCAAGACGGCUGGAGACAGCGGCUGCCUCUUGAGCCAUGGCUGGGCUGGCCCUGCGUCUUGUCCUGGUGGCCACUCUGCUUGCUCUGGCAGUCUCCCUGGACUGGAAGGCAGCCUCCAGUCUGACCCCUAUCGAGAAGUGUAUGGAGGACCAUGAUUAUGAGCGGCUGCUCAAGGUGGUAACCUUGGGCCUCAAUCGGACUUCGAAGCCCCAGAAGGUGGUGGUGGUUGGUGCGGGCGUGGCCGGGCUGGUAGCAGCCAAGGUGCUCAGUGAUGCAGGACACAAGGUCACCAUCCUGGAGGCAGCUAACAGGAUUGGGGGCCGUAUCUUCACUUUCCGGGAUGAGGAGACAGGCUGGAUAGGGGAGCUCGGGGCCAUGCGAAUGCCCAGCUCCCACAGGAUCUUGCACAAGCUCUGCAGGAGCCUGGGCCUCAACCUGACUCAGUUUACACAGUACGAUGAGAACACGUGGACAGAGGUGAAUGACGUGAAGCUGCGAAACUAUGUGGUGGAGAAGAUGCCAGAAAAGUUGGGCUACAACCUGAAGCACAGGGAAAGGGGCCAUUCCCCAGAGGACAUCUACCAGAUGGCACUCAACAAGGCCUUCAAAGACCUCAAGGCCUUGGGCUGCAAGAAAGCCAUGAAUAAGUUCAACAAGCACACUCUCCUGGAAUACCUCCUCCGGGAGGGCAACCUGUCCCGGCCGGCUGUGCAGCUCCUGGGAGAUGUGAUGUCCCAGGAGGGCUUCUUCUACCUCAGCUUUGCAGAGGCAUUACGCGCGCACGCAUGCCUGAGCGAUCGACUCAGGUACAGCCGCAUCGUGGGUGGCUGGGACCUGCUUCCUCGGGCGCUGCUGAGCUCGCUGUCCGGGUCGGUGCUGCUGAACGCGCCUGUGGUGUCGGUCACGCAGGGGAGGUACGAUGUGCGCGUGCGCAUCCGCGUCACCUCCUCGCCACACUCUUACAGCCUGAAGGUGCUGACGGCCGACGUGGUGCUGCUGACAGCCAGUGGGCCGGCGCUGCAGCGCAUUACCUUCUCGCCGCCCCUGACUCGCAAGAGGCAGGAGGCGCUGCGCGCGCUUCACUACGUGGCAGCCAGCAAGGUUUUUCUGAGUUUCCGCCGGCCUUUCUGGCACGAGGACCACAUCGAGGGCGGCCACUCCAACACGGACCGCCCAUCGCGCAUCAUAUUCUAUCCGGCGCGGGGCGAGGGCUCACUGCUUCUGGCCUCCUACACGUGGUCGGACGCCGCGGGCCCCUUCGCUGGACUGAGCACUGAUGAGGCCAUGCGGUUGGCGCUCCAGGACGUGGCGGCCCUGCACGGGCCUGAGGUGUACCGGCUGUGGGACGGCAGGGGUGUGGUCAAGCGCUGGGCGGAGGACCCGCAUAGCCAGGGAGGCUUCGUGGUGCAGCCGCCGUCCUUCGGGCACGGGGCCGAGGACUAUGACUGGUCGGCCCCCUACGGCCGCAUUUACUUCGCGGGCGAGCACACAGCUCUCCCGCACGGCUGGGUGGAGGCCGCCGUCAAGUCCGCGUUGCGGGCCGCGUUGCAGAUCAAUAAUAACUAUGGGCACGGGGUGGCCGAGCCCGAGAUGAUGGAGCACGCACCAGCGGCCAGCUUCCAGGACCAGUAUCUGCAAGGGGAGAGGCCGGAGGAGCAGCAGGCGUGGGAAGUCAGCCCCAGGGGGCAGGAGCCCUCGCUGAGGCCCUUUUUGGUGGAAACAGGCCCCGAGGGGCAGCAACAGGUGUUCGUGGAGGCCAUACCCGAGCCGCGGGGACACGUGUUCGUGGAGAAUGUCCCCCAGGAGAAGGGGCACGUCCACCACAAUAUCUGUCCUCCGGAGCACGUGCACGAGCCUGAGGAAGUCAUCCCGAAAUCACAAGGGCAUGGGCAUGUACACAGGAAACACGCGCACGUGUGAUCUGGCACCCCGCAGCAAAUCCCCGAGAGGAGAGGAGAGGCGGACCACUCUUAGUCGCCAAGGGGAAGUCAGCUCCCAGCCCCCAGCCCAGCCCUCCGCAGGGCAGGCAGACCACCUACAGUAAUAGCCCACAAUAAAGUUAUUUUUGUUAAA